UAAACAAAGCGGUGCUGAGUCCGCCCAGCCAUGACGGCGCCGGAGUUGCGCCUGGACGGCUCCAUUCGCUUCUGGGUUCUGCUGGCCGUUGCUUGGAUCGCGUUGGCCGUUGGGAUCCUGCGCCUGCGCGUGGCGGCGAUGCUGCGCGGGGAGCGCGAGCUCGUCUGGCCUGAGCAGCAGCAAGACACGCAGAUGCUGGCACGCAGCCGCCUUCUGAGGGAAAAUGGACGGUUCCUGACUCCUCAGGGCUUCCUCAUGCGCAAACAUUACUUCAACAACCCCGAAAGCGGCUUCCUCCGUAAAACGAAGCGAAAGAUCCAGCCCCGAAACCCACUGACGGAUCCAACCAUGGUAACAGAGAUGAUGAAAGGGAAUAUCGUCAACGUGCUUCCCAUGAUCCUCGUCGGAGGCUGGAUCAACUGGGCGUUCUCUGGCUUUGUGGCAACCAAAGUUCCCUUCCCCUUGACCCUGCGAUUCAAGCCCAUGCUGCAGCGCGGGAUUAACUUGCCUUCCCUGGAUCCCUCUUGGGUGAGUUCCGCCUCCUGGUACUUCCUCAACGUCUUCGGCCUGCGCCGGGUGUACAGCCUCAUCCUGGGGGAAGAGACUGCUGCAGAACAGAACCAGCUGCUCCAGCCAGAUCAUUUCCUGGGUCCCCCUGUGCCCAGCCCCCCAGACCCCAAUAAGGCCUUCAAGGCCGAGUGGGAAGCUUUAGAGCUCGUCUCUCAUCGCUGGGCACUCCAGGACGUAGAAGAGAAACUGAUGGGCCGGGAUCUCAAGCUGGCACGGAGGUUUGGGCCCGACUGAGCCUAUCGCCGACAUCGGCGGGCCGCAGUCCA